AUGGAGUUGGCAACCAAGUUCCAUAGCUCUUCCUUCUCUAUCUUCAACUCGCCUAGUUACAAAGGGAAAGCCGUUGCUGCUUCUCCUUCUUCUUCCUCAUCACUUCAGCUUUCCAAGCAAUGGUUGGGCGCCGGCUUAUCAACCCGGGCGGCUACUACGGCCAAAGCUACGCCGUCUCUGAGGUUUCUCUCGAGGCAGCGGAAGUCAAUUAUCAGUCCGGUGAAGUGCUCCGUUUCUCAGACCACGCCGGCAGAAACUUCCGCUGAGAAGAAGAGUCAGAGAAGAAGCGAUAUAAGGAACAUAGCAAUCGUGGCUCAUGUCGAUCAUGGAAAGACUACUUUGGUUGAUUCCAUGUUGAAGCAAGCUAAGGUGUUUCGUGACAAUCAAUUUAUGCAAGAAAGGAUAAUGGACUCGAAUGAUUUGGAGCGCGAAAGAGGGAUUACGAUACUGAGCAAGAACACGUCUAUUGCUUACAAGGAUACCAAGAUCAAUAUUAUUGAUACUCCAGGCCAUUCUGAUUUUGGUGGUGAAGUGGAGCGCAUCCUGAAUAUGGUCGAAGGCGUCGUUCUAGUGGUAGAUUCUGUUGAGGGGCCAAUGCCGCAGACUAGAUUUGUUUUGAAGAAGGCUCUGGAGUUUGGCCAUGCUGUUGUUGUUGUUGUCAACAAAAUUGAUAGACCUUCAGCUCGUCCAGAGUUUGUGAUCAACUCCACCUUUGAACUCUUCAUUGAGCUCAAUGCAUCAGAUGAGCAGUGUGAUUUCCAAUCCAUUUAUGCUAGUGGCAUUCAAGGAAAGGCAGGAUUGUCUCCUGAUGAUUUGGCUGAGGAUCUUGGGCCACUUUUUGAGUCUGUAAUCAGAUGCAUACCCGGACCCCGCAUCGAAAAAGAUGGUGCACUGCAAAUGCUUGCGACGAAUAUUGAAUAUGAUGAACAUAAGGGGCGUAUAGCUAUUGGACGUGUCCAUGCUGGGUCCCUCCGGAGAGGGAUGGAAGUUAGGGUAUGCACAUCUGAAGACACAUGCAGAUUUGCAAGGAUUAGUGAGCUUUUUGUGUAUGAGAAGUUCUUCAGGGUUCCGGUAGAAAGUGUUGAAGCUGGUGACAUUUGUGCUGUCUGCGGAAUUGAAGAUAUUCAGAUUGGGGAGACCAUUGCAGAUAAAGCAGCAGGGAAGCCAUUACCUUCUAUCAAAGUGGAAGAGCCGACUGUGAAGAUGGCUUUCUCCAUAAAUACUUCACCAUUCGUUGGUAGAGAGGGGAAGUAUGUCACAAGCCGAAAUUUAAGAGAUAGACUCUUCCGUGAACUUGAGCGAAAUUUGGCCAUGAAAGUUGAAGAGGGUGAAUCCUCAGAUACUUUUAUAGUCAGUGGCCGUGGUACUUUACACAUCACCAUAUUGAUAGAGAACAUGCGAAGGGAAGGAUAUGAAUUCAUGGUGGGGCCACCCAAGGUGAUUAACAAAAGGGUGGAUGAGAAAUUGUUGGAACCUUUUGAGAUUGCGACCGUUGAGGUUCCCGAAAUGCACAUGGGCGCUGUUGUAGAGCUUUUGGGGAAAAGACGUGGGCAAAUGUUUGAUAUGCAAGGAGUUGGGUCGGAGGGUACUACAUUUCUUAAAUACAAAAUUCCCACUCGAGGCCUUCUUGGAGUGAGAAAUGCAAUUUUGACUGCAUCCCGUGGAACAGCAGUUCUCAACACCAUAUUCGAUGGAUACGGCCCUUGGGCUGGUGACAUCAGCACAAGAGAUCAAGGCUCAUUGGUAGCAUUCGAGGAGGGAACAUCCACUUCUUACGCGAUGGCUAGUUCACAGGACAGAGGCCAAUUGUUCAUUGGUCCUGGCGUGGAUGUGUAUAAAGGUCAAAUUGUCGGAAUCCACCAGCGAUCUGGCGACUUAUCGCUCAACGUCUGCAAGAAGAAGGCUGCAACGAACGUUCGUUCAAACAAAGAGCAAACAGUUGUUCUCGACACACCCAUGGAUUACAGUCUGGACGACUGCAUAGAGUACAUUCAGGAAGACGAACUGGUGGAAGUCACGCCAGCGAGCAUCCGCAUGUGCAAGAACCCCAAGUUCAGCAAGAAGGGCAGCAGGUGA